GCGGGGCGGGGCCUGGGCGGAGCGCGCGCUUCUCCGCGCCAUGGCGGCCGACCGGCGCGGAAAGGCCGCGACGCUGGCCCUGCGGCGGCGGCUGCUCAGCUCUUCCUGCAGACUCUUUUUCCCCGAGGAUCCUAUUAAGAUUGUGCGGGGCCAAGGGCAGUACAUGUACGAUGAACAGGGGGCAGAAUACAUCGACUGCAUCAACAACGUGGCGCACGUUGGGCACUGCCACCCUCUCGUGGUCCAAGCAGCACACGAACAGAACCAGGUGCUCAACACCAACAGCCGAUACCUGCACGACAACAUUGUUGAUUACGCACAGAGGCUUUCAGAGACCCUGCCGGAGAAGCUCUGCGUGUUUUAUUUCCUGAAUUCUGGGUCGGAAGCCAAUGACCUGGCUCUGAGGCUGGCCCGCCAGUACACGGGACACUGGGACGUGGUAGUGCUGGAUCAUGCUUAUCAUGGUCACCUGAGCUCCCUGAUCGACAUCAGUCCCUACAAGUUCCGGGGCCUGGAUGGCCAGAAGGAGUGGGUCCAUGUGGCACCUCUCCCAGACACCUACCGGGGCCCCUACCGGGAGGACCACCCCAAUCCAGCUGUGGCCUAUGCCAGUGAGGUGAAACGUGUGGUCAGCAGCGUCCAGGAAAAGGGCAGGAAGAUUGCAGCGUUCUUCGCGGAGUCUCUGCCCAGUGUAGGAGGGCAGAUCAUUCCCCCUGCUGGCUACUUCCCGGAAGUGGCAGAGCACGUCCGCAGGGCCGGAGGGGUCUUUGUCGCAGAUGAGAUUCAAGUGGGCUUUGGCCGAGUAGGCAAGCACUUCUGGGCCUUCCAGCUGCAGGGGGAAGACUUUGUCCCCGACAUUGUCACCAUGGGCAAAUCCAUUGGCAAUGGCCACCCUGUAGCCUGCGUGGCCACAACCCAAGCUGUGGCGAGGGCCUUUGAAGCCACCGGCGUCGAGUACUUCAACACGGUGUCUGACCUUUGUCCCCUGACUCAGUUUGGGGGCAGCCCGGUGUCCUGCGCUGUGGGGCUGGCCGUCCUGGAUGUCUUGGAGAAAGAGCAGCUGCAGGCUCAUGCCGCCUGUGUGGGCAGCUUCCUGAUGGAGCUCCUUGGGCAGCAGAAAGCCAAACACCCCAUCAUUGGGGACAUCAGGGGCGUCGGGCUCUUCGUUGGUGUGGAUCUAAUCAAAGACAAGGCCACAAGGACGCCAGCAACUGAAGAGGCUGACUACUUGGUGUCCAGGCUGAAGGAGAACUACAUUUUGCUGAGCACUGAUGGCCCUGGGAGGAACGUCCUCAAGUUUAAGCCCCCAAUGUGCUUCAGCUUGGACAAUGCACAACACGUGGUGGCAAAGCUGGAUGCCAUCCUAACAGACAUGGAAGAAAAGAUGAGAAGUUGUGAGACGCUGAGGCUCCAGCCUGAGGCAGCCCUGCUGAGUCCUCCUCUAGGUGAGUGCGCCUUGCUUCUUGUUCUUGGAGACCCAGAACUGGGGUCCUUACCAUCAGCAGGCUCCUUCGUUCCUCAGCAAGCCAAACCUUUUGUUUGUAAACACUUUGUUCUGAGUGAUGACCCCUUCCCACAGAGUAGUUUCAACACUUGAGAGGCUCUGGCUGCCUUGGGCUCUCUCCACCUACUCCCCACCAGAAAAAUCUCCAAAAUACUUAGUUUGCAUUUGAUAGUUGGGGCAAGAGAGCAGGAGCAGCUUUUCUUCCCCCCUAGCCAGUUCCCCCUGGAGGUGAGGAGAAACAAAACUCCCUUUGCCUGGCCUUCAUCCACCUAAAGCUCCAGUCAACUGCUGCCUCUUGCCACCAG